AUGUCCCUUCCGCGCUUCGCGGCGCCGCGUGCCCAGUUCAGGGAGCCUGCCACCUCCUUGCCGCCACCUGAGGACCCUGAUUCCCGAGCACCCAGAAGUAAGCGGCCCCGUCUACAGGAGCCUGGCAGUGCCUCUGAGGUGGAGUGGAGGCUGCCUCUGGUGCCUCGCUUGUCUGAGGUGGAAAAAGCCUGGCAGUUGUCGCCCAGACCCUUCACGGCGCUUCUUCUUUCAGCUAAUGUGGUUUUCGAGAACUCCGCAGACUCGCGUGUGGAGAAAUCAGUCAGCGGGGAGCAGAUCUGUAAUCUGAGAUGCCAACACGGCAAAUCUGAGGCGAAUAGUUGGUUGCAGCCUCUCCCCUCACAAAGUUUUGAUUCCGGUGCGUGGGCUUCUGGAAGGUCUUGUGAAGCAGGACUGAGUGACAAAGAGGGUCCCAGUGCGCACCCCAGUGACAGAGCAGGAGCGGGGGUCCGUCCGCCUCUGCCCAGCGCCUCCGUACACGGUGGACGUGGCGCUAAAAAAAAUGCGGGUGGAAAUCAAUAUUCAGAGCAAGGGAGGGGUAAUAUUCAGGAAGACAGUAGUUACGUAAAACAGACAGAAAACCUAUUUAGGGGUGUUACCUUUUACAAGAAAACCAAAUCAUCGUGUCAUGAUUUUAAGGACAGAUGUAAAGCUGACAGUGUUAUGCCAUCACAUAAAAAGGAAAAUCACGUCUCAGCAUCCACAUCAGAAUCUCAAAACCAGCCCAGCAUGGAAAUUGCCAAACCCAGCUAUUUUAGAAAUAGAGGCACAAUAAGUAUCCCUGAGUUUCCAACUGAUUUAAAUAGCAAAAUGUCCUCUGUCUAUUUAAAGGAAAUAGCAAAGAGAAAGAAUGACAAAAACGAGGCAUAUGUUAGGGAUUUCACAAACAUUUACUGGUCCCAAAAUAGACCUGAUGUUAAGAAGCAAAAGUUACAGGAUGAUAAAAACAUUGUGGAUGCCGAUGCAGAAAAUAUUUUUUCUGCAUGCUAUGAAAGUAACCACCAGUCACUCAGCAACCAAAAUAUUUGUGUGAGAAAAAAAGACUUGAUCGGUUUAAACUACUAUAACCAUAGUAGUAUCAAAUCUGAUGUAACAGACUCUGAAAAGAAUUUCACUAUAAUACUAGGGAAUGCAAAUUUGGAAGAAGCAGAAACAUGCCUGGACAUUUAUACAUUUACCAGAUUAGAAAAAUCUCAAAGCCAGGACUGCAUUAUUAGUCACCUCUCAGAAAAAAAAAGGGCAGUUUGUUGGAUCUGGGGUAAUUACAGAACUCAACGUGAAAAUAUUAAAAAAACUGGAGAAAAAUCAAAUUUUCUACAGUUAUUAGAAAUAGAUCUUUUAAGCAAAGAAGAUUAUCCCUAUACAAAAGCCAUGAAUACACAUGAAGAGAAAUCAAAGUCUCUCAUGAUAGGAACACUUGGUAGCCAAAAAGCUUUAAUAAAUUUUAUUUGGUUCAAUGGCAAAAGAGAAAACAAUAAUAUGCCACAAUUAAGAUGUUCUACUGCACAAAAAGGCUUUCAUUUAAGCAAAAUUCUUGAAAAUUCCAUUAUGGAAAUCUUGAGUUUUUGUGAAAAUAUCUCAGGAAAUCAAAAAAAUGAUAAUGUUUUAACCUGGUAUGAAAUUUAUGAAGAUAAAAAGCAAAUUGAUCUUCAAAAUCUAAUAACUAAGAAUAUGAAUGUCAAUAGAAAAAAUGAUAUGUUAAGUCUAUAUUUACAAACUGGUGUUUCAGGAGCUCUAAAUAGCAUAUUGAAAACCAACAUAACUUCUCUGCUGAAUAACUUUGACUGUUUAAUUACAAUUGAAAAUGAUUCUAAAUUACAAGAGAGAUGCUUUGUCAAAUGGAUUGUGUAUUUGCCUUAUUCAAAAAAUAGUGCAGUGGAAAAUCAUACUGUAUAUCUAGCAAGGACUUUAACUUUUUCAAGACUGUUGGAAGGUAAUAUGAAACCUAUGUUAGAAAAAAGUAAGUUAUUUAAAACUGAACAAGUUUUUGAAGAGUCUAUGAAAAAACCUUCCUUCAGUAUGACAACUAAAAAUAAACAUUUUCCAAUUUUUGAAACAUAUGAAAAAAGUCCUCUUUCAAUGGAUUUUGGUAACAUGGAUGAAAUUUCUUUGACAAAAGACAUUUACGGGAAUAAGAGUUGUCCUGAACAAUUCAUGAAUGAGGAAAAUUGGGCUCACUGUAGUCCUAAUACUGUUAAGACACAUGUUAAGUCUGGUUCUCAAUUUAUACAGAACCAUAUAUAUAUCAAUGGAAAAUUUUAUGAAAUAAAUAUGUUCAACCAAGAUUUAGAUACUAAAAGAAACAAGGAGCAUAAUAAGAUCAGUAGCUUUAAAUUUAAGUGGAUAUUUGAAGAUUUCUUCAAUAUUAGGCCACGGGCCAUACCAACAAACCACGACAUAAACCAUAGUGAACAAACUAAUCUUGGAACUCUAAUUCAGGUGCUAAAUUUUGGAAGCUUGCUAAGUGAAAUCAAUGGGAAAAAACAUGAUUCACUUUUGAAGGAGGAAGUAAAAGUCACAGCACAAAGUUUAACAAACAAUUGCCAAGUUAACAAAGAUGUUAAGAUAGAAAAGGAAGAGAAAAAAAAUAAUUUUUCUUUAAUGGAUGGCAUGUUUUCUAUGCAACCAGUUUCAUUAAUGAGUAAAAAAGUAAAUGUGGAAGAAACCAAAUAUGUUAAUCAAAAUAACGUAGCUGACAGAAAUGAAUAUGAGAGUGUUUUGCAAGAAAGUGAGUUAGCUAAUUCAAAGCAUUUUCAUCCAAAGAAUGACUCUACAGAAUGUGUUAAUCAUCAAUUUGAAACUGAUUUGAGUCUAGGGAACAAUGAAUGUUUUCAGGAUUUAACUGCCAAGUGUUUAUCAACAGAAGCUCAGACAAUAGUGAGCGAUUUUGAGAUGAAGAGUAAAUUUGAUUUAGUACUUGAAGAACUUCGUAUGUUUCAUGAAAUCAGCAAGGAAGAUAAAAUUCUAAGCACUGAGGAAACAAACAAUGGGCAAGAAUAUUCCCUUAGAGAAAAUAAUGAUAUUGAGGAGGUAAAAACAGAGAUGAAAGGUGCAUCUUCUUCGCUCGGUGAUACUAUAACAUGCCCUAAUAUGCAUAAAAGACACCAAAGUUUAUUUAAAUGGAAAACAGUGUCCAAUAAUGGGGAACAGGAAGUUCCAAAUGAAUAUUGCUGUUCAAGAGCAGAAGAGGAAAAAUUACUUUAUCCUACUUCUAAGGAAGAUUGUGAAAAACCUUCACCUAAAAGGCCGGUGUUUUUCUCUGAUGAACUUAAGGAGGAAAACAUUAAUUAUUUGCUGAAGGGAGGUAGUAACUUUUCACAUGGAAUUUCAAGAGUACUACCUCUUAAGACAUGCAGUCGACCAAUCAGAAUUGGUUUGUCAAGAAAAGCUAAGCUUAAACAACUUCAUCCCUAUCUGAAAUAAAUGAGAACUUAAAAGAAGACAUUGGACUUUAACAUUUCACACCAUUUAGAAGUCUUUUGUUUCUUACUUUGGAUAAAUGCUUUCUCUUAGUUUGGGAGCUUUGGGCUUUCUUUAUUAUGAAAUAUGGAGACGGGUGUG